CUCCUCAGAUCUCCAGGCUCAAAGCGUCAGUCCACCAGCUGAACACUCAGUCAGACUGGUGAAUGGAACCACUUCCUGUUCUGGGACAGUGGAAGUCUUCAAUGAAGGAGAGUGGUUAGGUCUUUGUACUAGUUGGUGGAGCAUGAUGAAAGAGGUCAGGUUUGUGUGUAGAGAGCUGGACUGUGGGAAUCCUGUAGCUGAAUCUGGAAUGCCUCUGCUUGAAGAUGGAAAACGAAGAGUCAUACUAGGUGGUUGCUAUGGAAAUGAGUCUUCUGUUAGACAGUGUGACAUUGUAAGAGGAGGACCUGGUGGCUGUAAUGGUAGAACUUAUCAUCAUGUGACCUGUUCAGAGUCUGUGCGGCUUGUGGGUGGAGCUGGUCUCUGCUCUGGGAGAGUGGAGGUGAAGUCCAAUCAGUCCUGGGCCUCAGUGUGUGAAGCUGACUUUGACCGGCAGGAUGCAGAGGUAGUCUGUGGGGAGCUUGGCUGUGGAGCUCCUGCGGCUCUACAGGGGGGGCUCUAUGGAGAAGGUGAGGGUCAGACCUGGGAUAAAGAGUUCCAGUGUAAAGGCAAAGAGUCCCUUCUCUUGGACUGUGACAGGAGAGUGGAGGACUGUGGGAGCUGA